GCCGCCGGCUGCUCCCGCCUCUACCACUUCCCCUGUGCCGCCGCCAGCGGCUGCUUCCAGUCCAUGAAGACCUUGCGGCUGCUCUGCCCCGAGCACGUGGCUGAGGCUGUGGACAUGGAGGACGCACGGUGCUCGGUGUGCAAAGGGCCGGGCGACCUGCGGGACCUGGUGUUCUGCACCAGCUGCGGGCAGCACUUCCACGGGACCUGCCUGGACAUCUCUCUGACGCCUCGCAAGCGCUCGGGCUGGCAGUGCCCCGAGUGCAAAGUGUGCCAAACCUGCAGGCAGCGCGGCCAGGACUCGGCGAUGCUGGUGUGCGAGGCGUGUGACAAGGGCUACCACACCUCCUGCAUGGAGCCAGCCACCCAGGGCCUCCCCACCGGCUCCUGGAAGUGCAAGAACUGCUGGGUCUGCUCAGACUGUGGCCGGCACCCCGUGGGGCUUGACUCCAGCUGCCGUUGGUCCCAGGGGUCUAUGGUGUGCGGGGACUGCCAGCAGCGCCGUGCCACGGCCGAUGUCCCCACGGCCCCGGAACACUCACCACGGCCUGACCUGCCCACCCAGAUGUCAGAGUCCCCUGCCCCCAGUGAGCUGACGGAUGUGCCCGUACCCCCACCUGAGCUGGAGCCCGUGGGAGGUGACGAGGAGACACAGCCCCUUGUGGACCUCAACGAGGCACCCCCAGACGCCAAAGAGGCACCCCCAGACCCCAAGGAGGCUCCCCCAGGCAGUGCUGAGUCUCCUCUUGGCGAGCUGGCCUCUGUGGAGGUGCCCCACAGUGAGGGACCCCCUGAAGAGCUGCCCUCUGAUGAACUGCCCCUCGAUCAGCCACUCCCUGACAUGCAGCCCUCUGACAUUCAGCCUCCUGAUGUGCAGCCCCCUGAGGAGCCCCUUGCUCUCAUGCUGCCCCCCGAGGAGCCUCCCUCUGAGGAGCUGCCCCUCGAGAUACCAUCCCUUGCUGAGCUGCCCCCUGACAGACCCUCCCCUGAGGAGUUACCCCCCAGUGAACCACCCCACAAUGAGCUGCCCCUCGAUGUCCCUCCCCUUGCUGAGCUGCCCCCUGAGAAACCAGCAUUUGAAAAGUCACCCCCCCAUGAGCUACUCCCCGAAGUAUUGCCCAUUGACAAAUCACCCCCUGACGAGCUGCCCCCCAAUCGGUCACCUCCCAAGCCUCCCCUCGAUGAGCCACCCGUCAGUGAGCCACCCCUUGAGGAGCUGCCCCUCAGCAGGUCGCCCCUUGAGGAGCUGCCCCUCAGCAGGUCGCCCCUUGAGGAGCUGCCCCUCAGCAGGGCACCCCUUGAGGAGCUGCCCCUCAGCAGGUCACCCCUUGGGGAGCUGCCCCUCAGCAGGUCGCCCCUUGGGGAGCUGCCCCUCAGCAGGGCACCCCUUGAGGAGCUGCCCCUUGAGGAGCUGCCCCUCAGCAAGGCACCCCUUGAGGAGCUGCCCCCCAAGGAGCUGCCCCUCAGCAAGGCACCCCUUGAGGAGCUGCCCCCCAAGGAGCUUCCCCUCGAGGAGCUGCCCCCCAGUGAACCACCCCCUGUCGAGCUGCUCCCCAAGGAAGCUCCUCCUGAAGCACUGCCCCCCGAGAAGCUGAGCCCUGAAGAGCCUCCCCUUGUUGAGUUACCCCCUGAAGAGCUGGUCCCCAGUGAGCUGCACCCCGAGGAGGACCUGAAACCACCAGCUCUCCGUGCCAUCUCACCUGCACGGACCCCAGCCCCCUCCCCUGAUGCUAAGGAGGACGAGGUGCUCGAGCCCCCCACCCCAGCCUUGCCUGAGCCCCCUGGCAGCCCUGGCACCGCCAUGGACACCGACCCCCCUGGCUCUCCACCACCACCCCUGGGCUCCCCUGCUGUCACCCUGGCCCCUGCUGAGCCACCUGAGGAUGAGGAGAUGGAGAUGGCUGGUGCGGAGGAGCUGGGCCCUGAGACCCCCAUGGAGGUGUGCACUACUGGCGAGAAGCUGCUGGGGCAGGGGGACGAGGGGUGCCCCGAGCCCCCCGCGCUGCGCCCACGGCCCGACAUCCUCAACGAGAUCUCCAACCUGAGCCAGGGGGACACGAGCAGCAGCUUCCCCGGCUCGGAGCCACUGCUGGGGUCCCCAGAUCCUGAGGGUGGGGGGUCGCUGUCCCCUGAGCUGGGCCCGGCCUCGGCUGAUGCUAGCCUGCAGAAGGAGGACGCUGGGUCACUGCCACUGGGUGCUGAGACUGAUGACUCGCUGCUCUUCGAGCCAGCAGCCAAGGGUGACGGGGACAAGAGCCGGCGCCGCAGCUCUCCAGGGCGCUCCCGUGUCAAGCAGGGUCGCAGCAGCAGCUUCCCUGGGCGGAGACGACCCCGAGGUGGGUCCCAUGGGGGCCGAGGCCGGGGCCGUGCGCGUCUGAAGUCGACCACCUCGUCUGUUGACACCUUGGCACUCGCUGAUGUGGAGAGUUCGCCCAGCAAGGAGGAUGACGAGGAUGAUGAUGACACAAUGCAGAACACGGUUGUCCUCUUCUCCAACACUGACAAGUUUGUGCUCAUGCAGGACAUGUGCGUGGUGUGCGGCAGCUUCGGGCGUGGGGCCGAGGGGCACCUCCUCGCCUGCUCCCAGUGCUCCCAGUGCUAUCACCCCUACUGUGUCAACAGCAAGAUCACCAAAGUGAUGCUGCUGAAGGGCUGGCGCUGCGUGGAGUGCAUCGUGUGCGAGGUGUGCGGCAAAGCUUCCGACCCCUCGCGCCUGCUGCUCUGCGACGACUGCGACAUCAGCUACCACACCUACUGCCUGGACCCGCCGCUGCAGACCGUGCCCAAGGGCGGCUGGAAGUGCAAGUGGUGCGUGUGCUGUGUGCAGUGCGGGGCUGCAUCCCCCGGCUUCCACUGCGAGUGGCAGAACAACUACACGCACUGCGCGCCCUGCGCCAGCCUCGUGGUCUGCCCCUUCUGCCGCGAGAAGUACGUGGAGGACGACCUGCUCAUCCAGUGCCGGCACUGCGAUCGGUGGCUGCACGCCGCGUGCGACAGCCUCUUCACUGAGGAGGAGGUGGAGCAGGCUGCGGAUGAAGGCUUCGACUGCAGCGCCUGCCAGCCCUACGUGGUCAAACCUGUGCCUGCACCUUCUGCAGAGAUGAUCAAAGCCAAGGAUCCAGAGCCCCAGUAUUUCCGCUUUGAGGGCGUGUGGCUGACGGAGACGGGGAUGGCCGUGCUGCGCAACCUGACCCUGUCACCCCUGCACAAGCGGCGGCAGCGCAAGGGCCGCCCGGGCGCCCUCAACGGGGAUGGGGGGCUGGAGGGGGGUGACCCCCUGGGCCCUGAGGACAAGAAGGACGGUGACCUGGACACCGAUGAGCUGCUCAAAGCUGAGGUGGGUGUGGAGCACAUGGAGUGUGAGAUCAAGCUCGAGGCUCCGGCCAGCCCCGACCGCGACGUUGGAGCUGAUGGGGACUCAGGGAAGGGGCUGGAAGACCCUGAGGAGUGCAAGAAGAGGAAGCGCAAACCAUACCGACCUGGCAUUGGCGGGUUCAUGGUGCGGCAGCGCAAAUCCCACACGAGGCUCAAGAAGGUCUCGGCAGUGCUGCCGGAUGUGGGGCGUGAGGGGCUGAGCACCGAGGGACACCCUGAGGAUGGGGCUCCAGGUGAUGUUCCAGCCGAGGCUGGCCUGGAUCCAGGCUCAGGAGAGGGGGACGAGAAGAAAAAGCGCCGGGGGCGGAAGAAGAGCAAGUUGGAGGACAUGUUCCCUCCGUACCUGCAGGAAGCGUUUUUUGGGAAGGCACUGAUGGACCUGAGCCGGAAGGCGCUGCUGGCAGCAGGCGGGGUGGGGGACGGGGCUGCCCGCCCCUCCUUGGGCCAGGGUGCCCCAAGGCCCAAGGGGGACCCCAACCUCGCUGGGGCACUGCAGGGGGGCACUUUGGAGAGGAGGGAGACCCCCACCCAUCCCCGGGGGGAUGACAGCACUGACGGCAGCGCCGCCGCUCCCGAUGAUGACGGCAAGGACGACGCGAAGGCCGAGGACCUGGGGGCUGAUGAACCGAAGGAUUCCCCAGACCGUGGGGACACUGAAAAACCAGCGACACCGGGCGAGGGAGCGCUAAGCUCCGACCUCGACAAGAUCCCCACGGAAGAGCUGCCCAAGAUGGAGAGCAAAGACGUGCAGCAGCUCUUCAAGGAUGUACUGGGCUCGGCGGAGCGCGGGGAGCAGCCCCUCAACUGUGUGGCCGCGGGGAUGGAGGCCGGGCAGGACCCCAGCCGAGCACAGCGGCCGUUCCUGCAAGGAGACCUCCAGCUCUCGGGGCAAGGAAGUGUUUCCCUGGGCUCACUCUCCGGAUCCGUCUCCUUGGACUCAUACUCGGGGGUCUGCCAGUCCCCAUUCCUUGAUAACAGGGAGCGGAGUGGCUUCUUCAGCCCAGACCACUGCGAGCCCGAGAGCCCCUGGGCCAGCAGCUCUGCCGCCACCACCCCCUCGACCCCCACAACGCCCACGACGGAGGGUGAGGGUGACGGGCUGUCCUACAACCAGCGCAGUUUGCAGCGCUGGGAGAAGGACGAGGAGCUGGGUGAGCUCUCCACCAUCUCCCCCGUCCUCUAUGCCAACAUGAACUUCCCCAACCUCAAGCAGGAUUAUCCAGACUGGUCGAGCCGCUGCAAACAGAUCAUGAAGCUCUGGAGGAAAGUCCCUGCCACGGACAAAGCCCCGUAUUUGCAAAAGGCCAAAGAUAACCGAGCGGCUCAUCGCAUCAACAAGGUGCAGAAGCAGGCCGAGAGCCAGAUCAACAAGCAGACCAAAGGGGAGGGACUGCGCAAGCCUGAGAGGCCCUCGCUGCACCUGCGGAUCCCGGUGCCGUCAGGGGCACAGCCCGUCUACAUCAGCAGCCCCCCUGCCACCGGCGAGGGCUUCCUGAAGCCCCCAGCUGGUGCUGGAGGGGGACCGGAGUCUCCCAGCGAGCUCUUCCUCAAGCUCCCGCCCCAGUCCCCUGCCCAAGUGCCUUCGCACGAUCCCUACGGCGCGGCCUCCGCCUACACGCUGGAGCCUCGCUUCCCCUCGCCCCUGGGCCAGAGCCCCACGUCGGGUGCUGCCUUCCAGCCUUUCCCUAGCCAGCCCCAGCCCCUCACAGCCCCCCGUGCUCCCCCCGACUUCCACCCCACCCCACCUGGCACCCCCCGGCACCAACCUGGCACCCCUGACCCCUUCCUGAAGCCCCGGUGCCCCUCCUUGGACAACCUCUCGGUGCCAGGGAGUCCUGGGGCGCGGCCCCCUGAGGCCCUGCUCUCUCCCUUGCCUUUCGGGGAGCAGAAGAAGGGUCUGGAGGUGAAGAAGGAGGAUGGGGGGAGCCUGGGGGUCUGCUCGCCCGGCUACACUUCUGCCAUGGGCUACGGGGACUCCCCUGGUGGCCCCCACCUCUCGGCUGCGGAGCUGAAGGCGGCCGACGUCUUCAAAGCCCCCAUGACCCCACGGGUCUCUCAGGUAGAGCCGCAGAGCCCGGGGCUGGGGCACCGGCCCCCCGACCCCCAUCCCCUGGCCCCCUCGCCCCCUGGCCACCCUGAUCUCUACCGUCAGUCACCCUACCUGGACCCCUACUCGCAGCCCCCGCUGACGCCCCGGCUGCAGCCCCCCGAGGCCUGCUGCGCCCUCCCGCCUCGCUCCCUGCCCUCUGAGCCGUUCUCCCGUGUCCCUGCCAGCCCCCAGUCCCAAUCCAGCUCCCAGUCUCCUCUAACACCCCGCCCUCUCUCCAACGAAGCCUUCUGCCAGUCCCCUGUCACCCCUCGCUUCCAAUCUCCAGAUCCCUACUCCCAGCCGCCCUCCCGGCCACAAUCCCGGGACCCCUUCACCCCCCUGCACAAGCCCCCCCGUCCACAGAUGCCGGAGCCGGGCUUCAAGUCAGUGGGUGCGGCUGGUGGAGGUUUUGGGGGCACCCCGGCAGGUGACCCCCAUGCCAAGGCAGCGGCCGGGCCACAGCCGCCCUUUGCCCGCUCGCCCGGUGCCAGCGUGUUCCCAGGGAGCCAGCCCCCCAUGCGCUUCACCUUCCCCCCGGCCGUCUCGGAGCCGCUCAAGGGCUCCCCGUCCCACCAGCCCCAUGGGAUCAACAGCCAUUACGGCUCUGGGAAACCCCAGAGCUCGGCCUACGCCUCGUCCCCCAGCUUCCACCAGGCCAGCAGCCCACUGGGCCCUGGCACUGCUGCCCAUGACUCCUACAGCCUCUCGCCCCUGCGGCCCCCAUCGGUGCUGCCACCGCAGCCCCCGGUCCCCCCGCAGCAGCAGGACCCUUCUGGAGCCUUCCUGCCCCGCACUGCACUGGGACUGACGGCUGACAAGAGGGAGGAGGUGGCUGCGGGGCUCUCGGCACCCCCAAACCGGGACCUGGCGGAGCUGCCCGGUGGCCAGGAUGGGGCUCUGGGCACCAUGAGCCAGUCAGAGCUGGAGAAGCAGAGGCAGCGCCAGCGGCUCCGGGAGCUGCUCAUCCGCCAGCAGAUCCAGCGGAACAGCCUUCGUCAGGAGAAGGAGAGCGCGGCUGCUGCCGCCUCCUCCUCACCAGCUGGCUGGGUCCCUGAGGCCGGCGGGCAGAGCUUCGAGCUGAGCCGGGGCAUGGCUGCGUACCAACCGGCACAGGACAAGGCUCUCCUCGGGACUCUGGCCACAGCAGCCGGUGCUGGAAAGCUGCCUGGCUCUGUCAUGGUGCAGGCAGCGUUCGCACAGGACGAGCGGCUCUCCCGGCCCCCACCGGCGGCCACGCCAGCCAUGCUGGACAUCAGCGGGCGGGCGGCGGUGGGGCCCCCCCAGGCCUUCUACCCUCGUGGGGUCUUCCCAUCACCAUCCCCGCAGCAGCAGCAGCAGCAGCACCUCUGGCAGCAGCAGCAGCAACAAGCGGCCGUGGCGGCCCUGCGGCUCCCUGUCACCUCCCGCUUCGCCCCCCCGGCCACUGGGACCCCCAUGGGCAGCCUGGGCACCCGCCUGCCCACCCCUGCCGAGGCCGUGCCCCCCUCACCAGCUGCCCUGGGCGCUCCCUUCAUCGAGCUGCGACACAACGUGCAGAAGGGACCCGGGGGUGUCGUGGGGUCUCCCUUUGCCCCCCAGGCACCCCGGCCUCGCUUCUUCCUGCCCGGGGAGGAAGGCACCCCGCAGGCCCUGUGCACCCCCGUCAUGCCCAUGCAGGCGCUGCCAUCUCAGAAGGUUCCAGCACCGCUGCCACCUGCAUCCCCCCAGGGAGCCGAGAUGGGCAACAGCCACCAGCAGCCCCACGCCAAGGCGGCCCCGCCGCUGGCAGCCCCCGCCCUGGAGCUGCAGCAGCACAUCCCCCCACGCCCAUUGUCUUCUGGUGCCACCCUCCGCCCGGAGGGUCCCAAGGAUGGCCCCGCUCCAGACCCUGUGCCGGCCCCAGGGAAGAGCCACCUGAGCCUGGAGGGGGGGCGGCUGCCCUGCGAGGUGCCCGUGGAGCCUGAUUUGGAUGAUGACUUCGGCUCUCACAAGGACUUGGAAGAUGAUGAUGAUUUGGCCAACCUUAGCCUGGAUCCAGAUGUGGCCAAAGGGGACGAUGACUUGGACAAUUUGGACAGCCUGGAGACAGCAGACCCCCACCUUGAUGACCUGCUGAAUGGUGAUGAGUUCGACCUGCUGGCCUACACUGACCCCGAGCUGGACACGGGUGACAAGAAGGACAUCUUCAAUGAGCACCUGCGCCUGGUCGAGUCGGCCAACGAGAAGGCUGAGCGUGAGGCCCAGCUCAAGACAGAACCACCAGCACCCACCUUGAAGCUCCCUGACCCUGGGGACAGCAAAGAUGCGACCCCAUCUGUGGAGGAUCAGGAGGUGCCCAAGGAAGGACUGGUGUCUGGGAUGGGCUUGGGACUCUCUGCCUGCCCCACGGGCACUGUGCUGGCCCCCGACCCGGCUUUCAAGGCACAGGGUGUGGAGGCAAAGGCCGGCUCGCUGCCCACUGAUGUCAAGCCCAAGCUGGAGGACGGCUGCCUGAAGACCUCACCCUGCCAGUUCACCACUGCUGGUCCCGAGCGCCUCCCAGUGCCAGUCAAGUCAGAAGCACUGCAGGGCACAGAUAAAAUCUCUGCCUCCCUGGGCCUGAGCGUCAAACCUGGCCAGACCCUCCUGAGCUCCAGCACCGGCCCGACUCGCCUCAGCCUAACUCAGUUUUCCAGCAGUGGCCACACUGGCGUCCCUGUGCUGGAGAAAGACCCCUACACCAGCGCUGGCCGUGGGCUGCCAACUGCCCAGCUGGGUGGCCAGAGCAACCCCUUGCUGGAUAAGUUUGAGCUGGACAGCGGAGCCUUGGGGCUGGGCAGUGCCCGGCACUCGCCAGCAGAUGACUUGGACAAGAUGGAGAGCUCGUUGGUGGCCAGCGAGCUGCCGCUGCUCAUCGAGGACCUCCUGGAGCACGAGAAGAAGGAGCUGCAGAAGAAGCAGCAGAUGUCAGCCCACUUGCCCCGUGGCACCCCCCACCUCCCAGCCCCAGGGCACCCCAUGCUGCACACAGGGGCAUCUGGGCAGCCUCCCGAGGGGCAGCCACCCCGUCUGGGCACCCCACAGACACCCCUCCAGCUGGGGCUGGUGGCCCGGCCACCUCUGCUGCCACCACAACCCCCCCGGCUCAACGCACCCCAGCAGGGCCCAGCUCUGGCCCCCCACAUGGGCAUGGGCUCUGGGCAGCCCCACGUGCUGUCAUCCCCCCACGGGGUGCAGGUGGCCCUGGGGCAGCCGCAGCAGAGCCAGCAGCAGGUGCUGGUGCAGAAGCCAAUGGCCGGGGUACAGCCCCCCACCCUGGGCCUGAAGCCCCCCCAGCUCGUCAUGCAGCAGCAGUUGGCCAACAGCUUCUUCCCGGACACAGCAGACCUGGACAAGUUUGCGGCCGAGGACAUCAUGGACCCCAUUGCCAAGGCCAAGAUGGUGGCACUGAAGGGCAUCAAGAAGGUGAUGGCUCAGGGCAGCAUCGGGGUGGCCCCAGGCAUGAACAGGCAACAAGUUUCCCUGCUGGCCCAGCGGCUCUCUGGGGGCCCAGCUGUCUCUGAGAUGCAGAACCACUUAUUGGCAGGGAGCGGGCAGGAGCGGAGCGGCACAGACCCGACCCAGGCUCGCCCCAACCCACCCACCUUUGCACAGGGCGUCAUCAACGAGGCUGACCAGCGGCAGUACGAGGAGUGGCUGUUCCACACGCAGCAGCUGCUGCAGAUGCAGCUGAAGGUGCUGGAGGAGCAGAUCGGGGCGCACCGCAAGUCCCGCAAGGCGCUGUGUGCCAAGCAGCGCACGGCCAAGAAAGCCGGGCGGGAGUUCCCCGAGGCUGAUGCCGAGAAGCUGAAGCUGGUGACGGAGCAGCAGAGCAAGAUCCAGAAGCAGCUGGACCAGGUGCGGAAACAGCAGAAGGAGCACACCAAUCUCAUGGCUGAGUACCGCAACAAGCAGCAGCAGCACCAGCACCAGGCCUCAGCCGUGAUGGCCCUGAGCCCCUCGCAGAGCCCCCGCCUCAUGUCCAAGCUCCCAGGACAGCUCCUGUCAGCUCACGGCGUGCAGCAGCCUGGGGGAGCCCUGGUGGGAGCGCAGGGCCUCGGGCAGCAGCCAGGGCAGCCUGGGGGGCUGCGCCUGCCCCAGGGUGGUGUGUCCAUGGCCGUGCAGCAGGGCCUGUCCUUCAUGGGGCAGCAGCCCGUGGGGAACGCCCCAGGACCUGGCUCCUCUGGCGCCUUCUUCAGCGGGAACCCCGCGCUGCGGGGGCUGGCCACCGACAGCCGCCUGAUGCAGGAGCGGCAGCUCCAGAGGAUGCAGCUGGCACAGAAACUGCAGCAGCAGAACAUGCUGGGACAGGUGUCACUGCAGCAGCAGCCAGGUGUGAUGGGACAGACGUCAAUGCAACAGCCAGGUGUGAUGGGACAGGUGUCGCUGCAGCAGCCAGGUGUGAUGGGACAGGCAGCCAUGCAGCAGCAGGGCGUGAUGGGACAAACAUCAAUGCAGCAACCAGGUGUGAUGGGACAGGCAGCCAUGCAGCAAUCAGGUGUGAUGGGACAGACGGCAUUGCAGCAAUCAGGUGUCAUGGCACAAGCAUCGAUGCAGCAACAGGGCGUGAUGAGUCAAACCUCCAUGCAGCAGCCAGGUGUGAUGGGACAGGCAUCGCUGCAGCAGCCAGGUGUGAUGGCACAGGCGUCCAUGCAGCAGCCAGGUGUGAUGGGACAGACGUCGAUGCAGCAACAGGGUGUGAUGGGUCAGGCGUCCAUGCAACAGCCGGGUGUGAUAGGACAGAGCUCGAUGCAGCCACAGAGCAUCAUGGCACAGACAUCCAUGCAGCAGCCAGGCGUGAUGGGACAAGCUUCAAUGCAACAGGCAGGUGUGCUGGCCCAGACAUCGCUGCAGCAGCCAGGCAUGAUGGGCCAGGCAUCCAUACAGCAGCCAGGUGUGCUGGGCCAGGCCCCAGUGCAGCCAACAGCCGUGCUGGGGCAGCAGCAGCAGCAGCCCCCAGCCCCACAGCCCGGCACAGGGUCUCAGCCCAUGGUGCCGAAGCAACCGGGACUGCUGGGCAGCCAGCAGAGCCUCCUACCCCAGCGCCAGGUCGUCCUGACCCCCCACCAGCAGCGGGUGCUGGGCUCACCCCAGUUGACACCACAGACACCGGGGAUGCUGAGCCACCGGCUCGUGCUAUCCCAGCAGCUGGGGCAGUCUCGGGCACUGUUGGCCCCACAGCAGCAGCAGCAGCAGCAGCAGCAGAACUCAGCGGCUGCCCAGCCAGGUCUCCUGGGGCUGGGCCAGGGGCAGCCCUCGAUCCAGCACUUUCCGCAGCAUGGGGUGGGGGGCCAGGCCCCCUCUGUGCUGCACCUGAGUCAGGGAAUGCAGCCGGCCCCGGCGGUCCUGGCUGCCAAGGACCAGCCCACGGGGAUGGACGGCAGCGCCCUGCACGCUGAGGGCGGCGAGAGCGGGGGGCAGCUGCACGGCGAGCAGCAGGGAGCCCUCAACCCCCCAGGGCUGGGGGGCCCGGAGCCCCCGGCCCCCAAGCACCAGGCUGAGCUGGGGCAGGGCCAGCAGCUCCUCUUGACCUCCCCACAGCCGGCUGUCUUGCGGGCAGCCCCCGGGCAGGCAGGUUCCCUCCUCGCCCCGCCGCUGCAGAGCCCUGGGGCUGUCCAUCCUGAGCUUUCCCAGCAGCAUGGGGACACGGCCGGCGUGGCAGAGCAACCACUGGGCUGUGGGGCAGGCCCAGCACAGGCCAUGGUGCCAGCACCACGGCCCCCAGAGCAGCCAGGCAAGGGGGUGGCAGGGACCCUGCCAGGGCAGCCACAGCCCCUGCGGCUCCAGAGCCCCGUUCAGCACAAAGUCGGGCCAGCAUCGGGCACGGCCGCUCUCCCACCGGGUCUCCUGGGGCAGGUACCAGGGCCGGUGAUGGGCCAGAUCCGGGCACAGCUCCAGGGUGUCCUGGCCAAGAACCCACAGCUGCGGCAUCUGACACCGCAGCAGCAGCAGCAGCUCCAGGCCCUCCUGGUGCAGCGGCACCAGCAGAGCCUGCUGCAGCAGAACCAGGCACUACGGACCCCUGGCCCCUUCCCCGGGCAGGCCCCGGACUACAGCUUGCCUGGGACCCGCCAGCCCCCUCGUCCCAUGGGGUCCCUUUUCCAGCCCCGACCAGGUGCCCCGGCAGAGGCACAGACCAGCUCUGCCACCGAGCCGGGGCGGCACCUGGCCAGCCCUGAGCAGAGCCCCCAAGAGCCAAAGAAGUCGUCACCGGGAGUCACAGCCUUGGCCCCCAGCCCUGCUGCACCCACGGAGCCGGGGCUGACUCCCACGCCAAGCGGUGCCCUCCCUGACCCAGCACACGGCCCCUGGGACCCCGAUGCACCUGGGGUGGACCCAGCUGAGCCUGGUGAGACCCACAUCAAUGGGGCUGUGCCAGAGGGGGCCCCUGCAGCAGGCGAAGCCCCCCAGGUCUUGGUGAAGCAGGAGCCGAAGGAAGAGGCGGCAGCAGUGGCACAGUGUGAGGUGGAUGGAGACGAGACAGCAAAACCAGAGGCCAAUGGGGACCCUGGGGACAGCCAAGCCAACAGCCUGCUGGCCCCAGGUGGGCGCUCCGAGGCUGGGCACCUGCUGCUGCAGAAGCUACUGCGGGCCAAGAACGUGCAGCUGUCAGCGCAGAGCCCAGGCGAGCUCAAUGGGCACAUGGAGAACCGGAGCACUGGGACAGAGCCACGGCCGCAGUCACUGCUGCUGGGCCGGGAGGACCCCUCCAUUGCCAGGAAGCCAGCACCCACCAAGCCUAAGCGGGUGCAGAAAGGCAACGAGCGGAUCCCAGCGUCCCGCAAGAAGCUGCGGAAGGAUGAGGGGCUGCGUCCUGGUGAGGCCCUCAUGAAACAGCUGAAGCAGGAGCUGUCGCUGCUGCCGCUGACGGAGCCGACCAUCAUGGCCAACUUCAGCCUCUUCGCACCCUUCGGCAGCAGCCCUAUCAAUGGCAAGAGCCAGCUGCGGGGCGCCUUCGGCAGUGCUGUGCUCGACAGCGUCCCUGACUACUACUCCCAGCUGCUCACCAAGAACAACCUCAGCAACCCGCCUACACCACCCUCCUCGCUGCCCCCUACACCCCCUCCCUCCGUGCAGCAGAAGAUGGUGAAUGGUGUCACGGCCCCUGAAGAGCUGGGGGAGCAGCCCAAGGAUGCUGACCCAGCCCGUGAGCCCCAUGGGCAGAAAGAUGCACCAUCUGUGGAGGUGAAGAGCCUGGACCUGCUGGCAGCACUGCCCACCCCUCCACACAACCAGACCGAGGACGUCAGGAUGGAGAGUGACGAUGAGAGCGACUCCCCCGACAGCAUCGUCCCUGCUUCAUCCCCUGAGAGUGUCCUGGGCGAGGAACUGCUCCGUUUCCCACUUCUCAGCGAGGCCAAGCCAGAGCUGGAGGAGCGUGUGCUGUCCCCCAUCAUCCCCAUCAUCCCCCGGGCCAGUAUCCCAGUGUUCCCCGACACAAAACCCUAUGAGGUCGCAGAGCCCUUUGGGGCUCCACCAGGGAAGGUGGGGGCAGCAGGCCCUGGAGCCCCAUGGGAGAAGGGCAAGAGCAGCGAGGUCUCUGUCAUGCUAACAGUGUCUGCAGCAGCUGCCAAGAACCUCAACGGGGUGAUGGUGGCCAUGGCCGAGUUGCUGAGCAUGAAGAUCCCCAGCUCCUACGAGGUGUUGUUCCCCGAUGGCCCUGUGCGAGCAGCUGUGGUUGAGGCCAAGAGGGUGGAGACUGAUGUGGCUGGAAUGCUCGGAGGGAAGGAGAAGGUGUUGGCUGGGAAGGUGCCGGACAGCAGCUCUGAGUGGCUGAAGCAGUUCGAUGCGGUGCUGCCAGGGUACAGCCUCAAGGGCGAGCUGGACCUUCUGACGCUGCUCAGACAGGACAGCCCUGCUCCUGAGAAGACCCUUCACCACUGCUAUGUCAACAACGUCUCCAACCUGGACGUGCGGCAGCUCUCUGUCCUGCCUCAGGAGCCCUCGCCCCCUCUGUCUCCCUCCGUUCCCUCCCCAUCCAGCCCCGCUGAGCCCACCAGGGUCCCUGACCCCGAGGCGUCCCACGAGGCAGCCCCAGCCCCGUUGUCACCGCUGCCACCAGCCCCCUCGCCAGCCCCCCAGGAGGAAGGGGCCACAGCCGCCCACUCGCCGCCCCGGUUCAAGCCACGCUCGCGGCCUCCAGAGGACGGGGAUGAAGUGAGACCACGGCUGAAGAAGUGGAAGGGGGUGCGCUGGAAACGGCUGCGCUUCCUCGUCACCAUCCAGAAAGGGGGGGCCAAGCGUGAUGGCGACAAGGAGAUCGCCGAGUUCAUUGACAAGCUGGGCACCACGCUGCGCCCCGAGAAGGUGCCACAAGACCUGCGCAAGUGCUGCUUCUGUCACGAGGAGGGUGACGGGGCCACGGACGGGCCGGCUCGCCUGCUCAACCUUGACCUCGACCUCUGGGUCCACCUGAACUGUGCCCUGUGGUCCACAGAAGUGUAUGAGACUCAGGGAGGGGCCCUGAUCAACGUGGAGGUGGCCCUGCACCGCGGGCUGCUCACCAAGUGCUCCCUGUGCCAGAAAACCGGUGCCACCAACAGCUGCAACCGCAUCCGCUGCCCCAGCGUGUACCACUUCGCCUGCGCCAUCCGCGCCAAGUGCAUGUUCUUCAAGGACAAGACCAUGCUGUGUCCCCUGCACAAGCUGAAGGGGCCCUGCGAGCAGGAGCUCAGCAGCUUCACUGUGUUCCGCCGCGUUUACAUCGAGCGGGACGAGGUGAAGCAGAUCGCCAGCAUCAUCCAGCGUGGGGAGCGGCUCCACAUGUUCCGCGUGGGCGGGUUGGUCUUCCACGCCAUCGGGCAGCUGCUGCCACACCAGAUGGCCGAUUUCCACAGCGUCACGGCCCUCUACCCCGUGGGCUACGAGGCCACGCGCAUCUACUGGAGCCUGCGGACCAACAACCGCCGCUGCUGCUACCGCUGCACCAUCUGUGAGAACAACGGGCGCCCCGAGUUCGUCGUGCAGGUCAUCGAGCAGGGCCUGGAGGAUCUUGUGUUCUCCGACUCCUCGCCCCAAGCUGUGUGGAACCGGAUCAUCGAGCCAGUGGCGAUGAUGAGGAAGGAGGCCGACAUGCUGCGACUCUUCCCUGAGUACCUGAAGGGCGAGGAGCUCUUCGGCCUCACGGUGCACGCGGUGCUGCGCAUCGCUGAGUCGCUGCCGGGUGUCGAGAGCUGCCAGAAUUACCUGUUCCGCUACGGGCGCCAUCCUCUGAUGGAGCUGCCCCUGAUGAUCAAUCCCACCGGCUGCGCCCGCUCCGAGCCCAAGAUCCUCACCCACUACAAGCGGCCCCACACCCUGAACAGCACAAGCAUGUCCAAGGCCUACCAGAGCACGUUCACGGGCGAGACCAACACGCCCUACAGCAAGCAGUUUGUGCACUCCAAGUCCUCCCAAUACCGGCGCCUGAAGACGGAGUGGAAGAACAACGUGUACCUGGCACGGUCCCGCAUCCAGGGGCUGGGGCUCUACGCAGCCAAGGACAUCGAGAAGCACACGAUGGUCAUCGAGUACAUCGGCACCAUCAUCCGCAACGAGGUGGCCAACAGGCGGGAGAAGAUCUAUGAGGAGCAGAACCGUGGCAUUUACAUGUUCCGCAUCAACAACGAGCACGUCAUUGACGCCACGCUGACGGGGGGCCCAGCCAGGUACAUCAACCACUCGUGUGCCCCGAACUGUGUGGCUGAAGUCGUGACCUUCGACAAGGAGGACAAGAUCAUCAUCAUCUCCAGCCGGCGUAUCCCCAAGGGGGAGGAGCUCACCUAUGACUACCAGUUUGACUUCGAGGACGAUCAGCACAAGAUCCCCUGCCACUGUGGAGCUUGGAAUUGCAGGAAGUGGAUGAACUAACUGGGAAAAAGGGGCUGGGGGCUGCCAUCCCCGCCUCAGAGACCUCGCCGAGCCCCCCAGGGCUGCAAGAGGUGCCAGGGGCGGCCGGGCACUGAGGGAGAGCAGCGGCUGCAGCGCUGCCGGCCCUGCCCGAGCGGGACGGACGGACAGAUGAACUGGCAACUCAGGGUUUUCUUUGCUUCGUCCUGCGAGGAAAAAAAACAAAAAAACGAGUGGGGGGGCUCAGAAAUGCCCCCUUCACCACCCCCUGCCUGCCUCCCUCAUGGGGGAGCCACGGGGGAGCAGCGCCGGGCCCAGCGUGGCCGGAGCGAUUGUGCGGAGCCGGUCUGGAUAUAACGAUUAUUUUAUUUUAUUUUAAUUUUA